GUUUGUGAAAACGAAAAAUGCCAACAAGACGUUUUUCCGUUGGCCGUUAACUGCUUGGACAGGUUUCUUUCUGUUGUAAAAAUUCGAAAAAGUCAGCUACAACUCGUCGGUGCUGUUUGUCUGUUUCUGGCGUCGAAAGUACGGCAAACAAGAGCCAUCUCAGCAGAAAAACUCUGUGCCUACACAGACAACUCGGUCACUUUGGAAGAGCUUCUGAACUGGGAGCUUCUUGUUCUUAGUAGGCUUAAGUGGGAUAUAUCGGCUGUUAUCCCUAAUGACUUCAUAGAACCGAUUCUACAGAGGCUCCCUCUCGUUACGGGAAUAGAAGUGGCCAGAAACCACGCCGAAACUUUCAUCGCUUUCUGUUUCAUAGAUUUCAAUUUUUCCCUGUAUCCACCAUCAAUGGUUGCUGCUGCCAGUGUGGGUGCAGCUGUGCAAGGCUUGUUGUGGCUAAAUAAGCAGUGGUCUUCUCAACAGGAACUCUUGACGAGGCUGCAUCAGAUCUUAGGGAUUGAAGUGGAUUGCCUUCGUCACUGCCUCGAGCAAAUUGAAAGUAUGGUGGCGCCCCCUUCAGGCAAAACCUUUAAUAAACUAGAGGCUGUCGUGGUUAUUGACAGGGAAAAUGUUAAACCAGACACUCCAACAGAUGUUCAAGAUGUCCACUUUUAAGAAUUGUAUUAGUGAGUCUGCUUACUGAAAUGGAUAUUUACGUUUUACCAGGCUUAAAAGUCGUCAACAGUGCUGACCUCUAUACUUGUCAGCACUCGAGUCCUAGUCAUAUUGUGUAUUUUGGGAAAGAAAAAAAAAACACGAAAAUGAAGCAUGCAUCACUAAUUACUCGGAUUUUUUGCCUAUAUGAAAUAGUAAAUGACUGUAAAUUAACAAUAUUUAGCAACAGCAAGUGCACAGCUGUCAUUACGUCAAUACCUCGGAUCAACUCUGCCAAUAUCCCAAUCUUGUACAUUUUAAGCAUUCCAAGAGUGUAUAGUCUUUCUUUACUGUAAGAUAUUUAGGGAAUUUUUUAACUCCUUUUACAUACACAGUUCUCAACUUCUUUGAAAUAAAUAACAUGCAAUAUUUUAUGAGAGGGUGUUUGAAAGAGAAAGGUUGGUAGUUAUAGCUUAAAUAUGUAAUAACGACUUUGUUUGUGUAUUGAAUGUAUUUAGUUAAACAAAUCCAAGAAUAAUUUAAUUUUGAGAAUGAGUAUGAAGAUGGGACAAGAAAAAAAAACCCAAUUAUAUUUUAUUUUUGACUGAUCAGCGACUAUAUUCACAUACAAACAGCCCAAGAAUGCAUAUUAAUUUGUUCUAUAACCAUUCUACGUUGAGUGUAUUUGUUGUUGUUUCCUUUACUAUCAAAAUUCGCUACGUUUUUUAUAACAUCCCAUCGUACUUAACGUUUUGUAUGUCACCUCGUCUGUGAUUAAACACUAGUGCUUCCUCGUAUAACCUCGAGCUCAUAUUUUUUAUCCAGUUUCAAUAUAGGGUUUGUUUUAACGAGAAUUGUAUUCCACAUAAAACUGUGGCAAAAUUUUAAUAUUAAGUUCUUUGUGUUUGUACUAUACACGAAUUAUUUUUCCUGGAGGUAGUCAGUUAGCGUAGAAAAGUUGACUUAGUUAUGAAUUAAUAUUUUUUUUGUUUUCAAUCUGCGAAAGAUUAUGAAAAAGGAGGAAAAAGAAAGUCAAUAUAUUUCAGUUAUUGUUAAAAGUGGGCUCAAAUCUUAACGGUAAACAAAUACUUUUAAAAUAGACGAUUAACGAUAAAAAUGAUGAGUUAAAUAUACUACAGUCAUGUGUUUCCAUACGUACCACGUGUGGCACUAAAACGCUUUACUAACGCAGUUAAACUUGUGGUUACUAAAAAUUCAUUUCUACAACAAUCUGUAUUCUAGAUAUAAAAUAUUUUAGAUAGUAACCUACGUUCCAGAUUCACAUCUUUUCACACAUUUACCUAAUUGUGGAAAUCUUUAUUUAUUUUUCAGUUGUUGUACACAAAUCUUUUCUUCUGUGUGUAUCAAGAUUAAAAGUAUGGCAACAUUUGCAGUCCACGUAGAACAAAGUGCUUUCUUAUUAUAUUCGAAGUACUGUAAGCCGUUUUAAAUAGCUGCCAUUGGUUUUAAGCAUAAGAAUAAAUUACUUGGAUAAGUGAAAAGCAGUAACCUGUUGAAGAGUUGUUAUUAACAACUGCUGAAGUAAAGGAUAUAAAACUGAAUUUUUAUUUCAUUAAUAAGACUGAAAUAGAAAAGGCACUGUACAUUGUGGUUAAUCUUUAAUUUGAUGGGACCUUUAAUAAUGAUUACUACCCACCAAUUUGUAAGUUUGGUUUUCAGCCUCUAGAUAUGAAUAUACGCAUACAUUCACGUCAACCUAACGAAUUCAGACGGGGAACUUGUGCGGAUAUUCAAUUGGUAAAGAAAGAGGGUAGAAUUUCGAGUGUUAUGAUGACUGUAACUUGAGACAAGUUCGAAGUUCAACCAUAUUUGUUGUAGUUAAAUUUUAGUUGUUGAUUAAAGUUGCCGAAAAAAAAGUGGAUUUUGGUUGUCCAAAAAACGUUUGAGGCAUUUAAUAUUUGGAUUUUUUAUAUUCGAAAAUGUGAUCUAUGUCUUGUGAAUUGAGUUAAAUGUUCUAAUGAUACGGAUAAAACGACAUCAUUGUAUAUUUUAAACAUGUAUUUGUUCAAAGAAAAAAAAAAGGAAUGAAAUAAUAUUUUGUCAAUGGCAACGGAAAGUGUUUCUUGUUAAGUAAACUAGAGGGCGUAAUUAUUGUCAAUUUUUUUAAUGGUGAAAAGAAAGGAGAUGACACGUAUAAACAUGAGUUUCAAGUUAAUUUCUACUUUAAUUAAUUAUAUUUUCAUUUGUCCAACUUAAUUUAAGCAUAGAGUAAGCGGGUUAAAGCACUGAAGCACUGGCAUGGAGAGUAAUUCUACUUAAAAAUACAGCCUUUAUAGAAUCGUUUGUAGGAUUUCAUUUCAUAAGUUUAUUUUUUAUGUUGUAUCUGAUUUGUUUUUACACCUUUUUUCAAUUAUUCCUUCUUGGUUACAGUUCAGAUGAAACGCUAAUACUUGAGUCAGAAAAGAAGGUAUCGAAGUCAUCCCACAACGCUUUUCUAUAAUAUGGGUUGAUAUAUAGUAUUCUCAGGAAUAUUUAAUCUUUGACUUCACUGUUAAAACUCGCCGUGACUUUUCGAUCUUGUCUCCUUAAUUGUAACUUCCUUCAGCUUGCUUAUACACAGUACUUACAUUUGUUGUUGUUUAUCUGCGCCUUAAAGUUGAGGAUUCUUGUAAACUCGAAACUAGAGCUAGAUAUGCACGUGUGCCUCUAAAUUGUCGUUAGUUUCUGUUGUGUGUGUGAGGGGGGGGGGAGGGGUGUAUAUGCAACUCUUGUCUUUUUCUAUUAGGUAUUUUUACAUGUUGAAUAAAGCGGCUUCUUUAAUAAAA